CGUAUAUAGUGUAGUGUAUACACUGAUACUCUGCUUUUGGUGUUCUUUUCACACGUCGAAACACGUUGUUCAGUCACAUCGGUAUUGGUUUUCGAAUUUCUAUACUGUGGACUGACAAGAAUUUGUAUACAUAAUUUUUUUUUCCUAGUUAUUUGUGUGUAUAUAUAUUGGUAAAUUAACCGCGGUCAUGUCAAAUAACGUAGCACCGGAUUCAUGGGAGGAAAACGAAUUGGCCGAUGCUAGUGCAGCCGAACUACAGGCAAAACUCAUAAAGCUAAACGUAAACGCUGUUGAAUUUGUGCCAUCGUUCUCUCCGGCUUCCGGUAACGCGGACGACGCCAAUUCGGAAGAAGACGAACAGAAAAACAUCGACACAAAGACGUCCAACGUGGACGGUAUAGGUGAUCCUCCAGCAAUAGAUGGAGACGGUGGACAAACUUCAAGUGCUUCAGUUCUUGACUCUUGGGAGGAUGGUGCAUCCAGUACUCCAGAAGACGGUACUGCCAAACCCAUCAUUGAAGACAUUGAUAUUGAAGCCGAUGAAGAGGAAAAACCCAAACCAACCCCUAAAAAACCUAUAGAGUCAUUAGAACCCAAGGCGAAAAAGGAACAUAUAAAUAUUGUUAUUAUUGGCCAUGUCGAUGCCGGUAAAUCAACUAUUGGUGGUCAAAUUAUGGCCUUAACUGGUAUGGUUGAUAAAAGGACAUUAGAUAAGUAUGAAAAAGAAGCUAAAGAAAGAAGUAGAGAAUCCUGGUAUUUGUCAUGGGCGUUAGACACUAACCAAGAAGAAAGAGAAAAAGGGAAAACUGUUGAAGUUGGCCGAGCAUAUUUUGAAACGGAAAAAAAACAUUUCACCAUUUUGGAUGCUCCUGGUCAUAAAAGUUUUGUGCCUAACAUGAUUGGUGGUACUGCUCAGGCCGAUCUAGCUGUAUUGGUAAUUUCAGCUCGUAAAGGUGAAUUUGAGACUGGUUUUGAUCGAGGUGGUCAAACUCGAGAACACGCCAUGUUAGCAAAAACAGCCGGUGUCAAACAUAUGGUGGUGCUAAUAAAUAAAAUGGACGAUCCUACUGUAUUAUGGUCAAAAGCUAGAUACGAAGAAUGUCGUGAUAAAAUAUUACCUUACCUUAGAAAACUUGGGUUUAAUGUCGCUAAAGAUUUAACAUUUAUGCCAGUUUCUGGACAAACUGGGUUAGGUCUUAAAGAUCAAGUAGACGAAUCUAUCUGCCCGUGGUAUAGGGGACCAGCCUUUAUUCCAUUUAUCGAUGGCUUACCAUUGUUAAAUCGUCGGUCUGAUGGACCUUUCAUUAUGCCCGUUGUAGAAAAAUAUAAAGACAUGGGAACUGUUCUCAUGGGUAAAGUAGAAUCUGGUGAAGCAAAAAAGUCGCAAAGUCUUUUGAUCAUGCCAAAUAGAACUCAUGUCAUAGUUGACCAGCUAUGGUCAGACGACGAGGAAGUUUCUUCUGUUGGACCUGGUGAAAAUAUCAAAGUAAAACUAAAAGGUAUCGAAGAAGAAGAUGUUUCUCCUGGAUUUAUUUUAUGUGAUCCAAUUCACCCUGUAAAAACUUGUCGCAUUUUCGAUGGACAGGUUGUUAUUUUAGAAUAUAAAAGUAUAAUAUGUGCAGGGUAUUCUGCAGUAAUGCACAUUCAUUGUGUUGCUGAAGUAGUAGAAGUUAAGGCAUUAAUAUGUCUAGUUGAUAGGAAAACAGGACUGAAAUCAAAUAUGCGACCACGGUUCGUUAAACAAGACCAAGUAGUAAUAAUGAGGCUAGAAUGUUCUGGUGUAGUUUGUCUGGAAGAAUUUAAAUUAUUUCCUCAAAUGGGAAGAUUUACACUUCGAGAUGAAGGUAAAACUAUUGCAAUUGGAAAGGUGUUGAAAAUAAUUGAAUAGAUUCAAGAUUAUAUUGAAUUAUAUUAAAAACCUUACAACUUGAUACCGAUGGUUUAUAUUAUUAUAUAUAUAUAUAUAUACAUAUAUAUUUUAUAACUUAUUUUUUCCAUUUAUUUUUAUGAUGAAAAGAAAAAAUGUAAUAAAAAAAAAAUCUGAUCUUUAUUGUAUAAGAAAAUUUAUUUACAAGAACCGCAUCAAUUAGACAUUUGUUA